AUGGGAACGGUAGAUUUGGCGAAUGCAUUGGCGCAAUGGGUAAUCGACGCGGGCAUUUCCAAACAGGAGACGUAUGAGGACAUGGUGUGGACCAAGACCAAAGAGGUCAUGGAGGAGUUUGUGCAACACAUGGAGGGCGACGAUAUAAUACUGUAUGCAUCGAACUGUGGUAAUGAAGGAUGGGACCACCCUAGUGCUCCUCACGCCGGUCCGCACUAUGUAGGACAAAAAGUGGGGGAUAAAAUUGUAUGCGUACUUAUGGUAGCGGCCUUAUUUUUCAUGAAUGGAUGGAGUAGUACAGAAAAGACUAGACUGCAGGAAGACGAAAUAAAUGAAAGCAUAAGGCAGCACUUACGAUGCAUAAUAGCACAUAUGUUUAGCGAAGUAUUAAACGAAUCCGUGUGCAAAAGUACGUGGGGUACAUUUUAUGCAUGGAAAACAAUGGACAAUUUAGGGAAGGUUGGAGGAAUAGAGGGAGGUUUAAUAAACAACGCGAAAUGCGGUAGAGAACUAGUUGGUGAUUUGAAAAUAAGGGAACUUAAGUUAAAUGAACAAGUCAAAACCUGGUUAGGGCAAAAUAGCAAACUAAAAGAGGCAAUAAGGAGAGUACAGGGAGAUGCAAUGUGCCGGAAGAUGUGGAACAACGAUUGGAGCCUAGAGCACAUCCUAGGGAAUAGGAAUAUAGAGGAUAAGGAACGGUCGCAGAUUGUUGAAAUAGUCGACGGAUUGAAGAAAGGAAUGAAGGACAUAUUUAGGGAGAUCGGGAAACAGGCAGAGGCACGCAUAGAGCAAAAGGCACAGGAGAAGAAAGCGCACUUAGCGACGGAUGGCAAAAACGCGGAGGCCGCCACGACGACUACUGUGCCGCCUGCAACAACAGGAUCGACAGCACAGGAUACGAGCAAGGACCCGGACAAGGACACGGCGGCGGAAGGAAGUCAUGGGGACAACAAAAAAAAAAAGGAGCCACAGUCAGCCGUACAGACGUCACCACCCACAACAGGUGGCCUAGGGGGCGCAGGACUUGGACGCGCAGAGACUCCACCAGACGUUGCACCACCAGUAUUGCCCCCACCACCGGUAGAAAAACCAGGACCAACGACAUCGGAAGGCACGGCAUCAGGACCGGCUGCGGGACCCGCACCACAACCCCCAGUGGCGGCACCGCCCGCAGGGGCAGACGGAGGGCAAGGACCAGCGACAUCUACAGGAACGGGACCAGGACCUGGACAACAACCCCCACCUGCGGCACCACCACAACAGCACGGAUCAGCGACAGGGGGACAUGGAACGCAGGUGCACCCGCCGGGGACGGAUAUAGACAAAGCAGGCAGCGGCCUCCCUGCUUCUUCGUCCGUGACGCUUGUCUCCUUUGGAACGACAUCUGACAUUGACAGUACUUGUGGGAAGAAACCCGAAGACUCGGGACAAGGUGAUAGUAAGGACAUAGGUACCAGGAAUCCUCCAGAUGCGAGCGAAACUAUAAGUAAUCCACCUGAUCCUUCUACAGUACCCACAGAACAGGAUAAACAGGGACCCAUUGCAACUGUACGUACGAAUAAUGAGAAUGACCCCAGCAACAACAAGGACGGUGGUGACCCCAAGGAGCUGAAACCGGUGGAUAUACACGUGACCGCCCCGGACCAUGGUUCCGAGAGAACACAGCAACCCACCAAUGCCCCCAGCCCCCCUAGUCCCAGUAGUACAAUUGAUCAAACUAGUGCCUCUGGAGCAGGAAGUCCUGCAGGUAAAGAUGGUGAAGCCGGCGGUACGAAGGCCGUUGAUGGCGGCAAUGAUGACCCGCCUCCUCUCAAUCCACCCAAACCAAAACCGAACCCGAACCCCGAUCAAUCGGGUAGUAGCGGCGACGACGGUAGCGCAAGUACUGCAGCGGCAGGUAGUGGCCACGAUGUUACAACAACUCCUGCUGUCGCAGCUACUGCACCUGGCCCCGCUGUACCAGAUGGCGCAGGGGGACGUCGUGAGACCGAUAGUUCCCCCAGUUCAGGUUCCGCUGAAAUCUCAAACCCUGGUUCCUCUGGUACUAGCUCCACUGGACACACGAAUAAAGAGAACGUUGGAGCAAAAGGACCCCAGGACGAUAAAUUACCUGCGAAUGCACCCAUCACCCCUUCCGUUUUGCCCGGCCUCACAUGGGAAGAUGUCAAGCCGUACACCCCCGCGAUCAUUCCCGCGGUGGUUGGUAUUGGACUCAUUGCGUUCUUCCUAUGGAAGGUACGUAUAUACGACAAUGCGCGCAUGCCGGACGUGCAGGAUGUUUAUACCGCAGAGCAUCCCUAG